CCUAAUGUACAGUUUGGCUCAAGUUUAAUAGUAUCCUGGGGAUGAUCGGCAUGGGGCUGUACGUGGACUCUCAGUGGGGCCUGGCCCAGUUCAGUUUGCCCAACGAGUCUCCUUGUGUGUGUGCCUUCAUUGGAGACAAGAACUUGGUCAGUCGUAGGUGAGCGGAUGCCUAGCUAUGAGUUUGAUAAACAAUUCAUAACGUAUUUAGAAUUUAGUAGCUCUUUGAAAGUGCUACAAAUCAGUAAUUAAUUUUGUUUCGGGUCCAAUUGUGGGAAAAACCGUGGACAAUCAUAAUUCUCUGCCGCUCUUGUAGUGCUGGAUCACACUGAUAGUACAUAGUUAAAAUGUGUGUGGCUAGCAUUGAGUAUAGUAAAGGAAAGGGAUUGGAAACGCAUUACGUCAUACGGCUCAAUCCUACUUACGGAUCGUAGCCUUGAUUACAGGCCCUUCAUUGCGGCGUAAAUCGAAGCCACAUAGUAUAAUUAUGAGAGUAUCUCAAGCUGGAGCUCUAAGCGUGUCUAAGCUCAUACUGUGGACAGUGUAGUUAAAGGAUAAGGGCUUCAUGAUGGCAUCCAUAUCAGUAAAAAAAAAGCUAGAUCUAUCAUAAUUAUUUUAGUUACAAUAAACACGACAACAAUGUAUUUAUUAUUUUGUACCAUCCAGACUCUGUUGAAAACAUUGGUGCACGUGAUGCGUUUCCAAUCCCUUUCUUUUACUAUCUAUGGUAUAAUUAUAUAUAAAGCAUAGGCCCUGUAUAUUUACUAAGAAUAAUUUUAGCAUAACUAUUAUGUUCACUAUUUUUAGUGUGAUAUCUGACCCACUUGAAGGCAAUUGACAAUAUUUUUCUGCAGCCACUUUCGGCUUGUAAUCGGCAAAAGCCCAGGCCCAAGGAAGCUCCUUAGAAGAUGAUCGUGAUAUUCCCUGUUCCUUCUCCAGGCUGAUUGAACCAUUAAGAUAAUCUCUCACACAAAUUAUUGUUGUUGCAGGGGACGGUAAAUGGGAUUGUUUCCACAGAUGGUGAUUGCGACAUUCCUUGUUGAGCCAAUUCCUCCUCCGGGUUGUUUAAAGUCUCGAGGUUGUCACUCACACACCACAAAUUAUUUUUGUUGUUGCAGGGGACGUUAAAUGGGAUUGUCUCCACAGAAGAUGAUUGAUGGGUCACUUCAAUCCUGUUCAAAGUCUUGAGGUCAUCUCCCACACAAAAUGUUGCAGGGGACGGUAGAUCUUUGAGAAGAAGUGUCAUAAGAAGAUGGGGUUAACUCCUCUGCAAGGCAGUUCAAAGUCUCGACGUCAUCUCUCACACACAAAUUAUAUUUGUUGUUGUAGGGGAUGGUACAUAUUUGAGAGGAAGUGUCAUGAGAAGAUAAUUGAUGGGUCAAUUCCUCUGCAAGGCAGUUCAAAUUCUCGAGGUCAACACACAAAUUAUAUUUGUUGUUGCAGGGGACGGUAUAGCCUCGAUCCCAGGCCGCACUUCCCACUUCACUUAGGCCGGUGAAGGAGGCUAGGGACGGUACAUCUUUGAGAAGAACUGUCAUGCACAGAAUGAGAAGUAGCUUCCAGUCCCUCCUCAGAAAAUGAUUCCUGUUUGGCCAAUUCUUCCUCUAGGAGAUGGUAAACCUUUGGAAGGAAGUGUCUUGCACAGACUGAGAAGUUGUUGGGAUAUCUUUGGGAUUGUGUCUUGGAUUGUCUCUGGGGUUGUCUCUGGAGUUGUCUCUUGCUGAAGAGUAUUAAUUCAAGGCAGUAGUUGUCUCACCCUGCAACAAAAUGUUAUCAAUCAUGGAAUUUACAUUGUGAUUUUGUCUUGACUUACUGGGGUGACAUUGGUGCUCCAGUUUGCCCCGUUUCAAUGUGGUCGUGCAAAGUCAUAUUAUGGUGUAUAUACACAUACUGUAGAAGUGCUUAAUGGUAUUCAUAAUUUUCAGCUAUGUGGUUACAACUGUGGUUACAGCCAAGUUGCCCAGAAUAUUGCAAGUUUUACUGUAUCACCUACGGUACAGUGGGAAAUUUUUGGGAGGUGCAAAAUUUCGCGUUUUUCGAAGGCAGGCAGAGCAGUAACACGAAAAUUAAAACCAGGAGAAACUCCCAUGCACUGGUAUUUCAAAUGCAAAGCUAUUGGUGGGUGUCAGUAGUUUCCUGGCAUUGACCCACGAAAAUUUAAAAUUUCUGCUGCAGGAUCUGAAGCCAAAUAACGAACAUUUCCCGCUACUGUAAUGAGUUUAGAGUUUAUUGACAAAAAUUUGUCACGCACAUUAGUUUGUGCUGUGCCAUUUUAUUAUAUAGCUAGAUAGACCUGACACAGAGGAGGCUGGAAAACCUUGGCUAAUUAUGGUUUGGCUUUCUUAGUAUCGAUCUGUAGACGUAAUUUUUCCAGGAGUGAAGUUUUUAUUUUGCUUAGAAACAGAAAUACGUAAUCGUGCUAACUUCCGAGACCAACCAAUUCCUGCAUAAACCUCAAUAUUGUAAUCCAUUCAAAUCAGGGAAAAUCCUUAUAAAUAAUAAAUUGCAGUACGGGUGCAUUUGUAUCGGGUCAUAAUAAUGAUUCUAAGAACUAGAAUAUCUCGUACUGAGAACUUGUACAAUAUCAAGAUCUAUAUAAUUAUAGAGUCUACCAUCAAGAGUUCAAUUUACCAUAGAUAGACCAUGCAGGCAUGAGCUGUGUUAUUGUACCAUAAUAAUUAUUGUGGAGUUGCACAAAUAGCAUAGCUCAUUGAGGCUAGCAUGAGAGCACUGCCAGACUCUGUUUUGACUACCAAUAAUGUUUACAGACACUAGAAAGUUAAUUGGCUAUAGUGUAGAUCUAGUGUGGAAGAGAAGUUUGGAAAGCAAACACCUUGAUCUGAUCUGAAUGCCAUGAAGCCUUAUCAGGUGAUAUUGACACCUUGCCACGCCCCUUAUUUAUCUCCUCGUCUCUAUAGCUAGUUAGUUAGCUCUGUGCACAUUUUGUCUCAUAUAUAUCUAUGCGCAACCUUGCAGGCCUGGUAGGCUCAUAGACAUCUAGAUAUGCGUGUGAAGGUGUUCAAAGAUCGCAAGUCCCUUUUUACUCAGCUGUUGGAGGGCAGUCAGCACUUUGGUGGUCUCUGGAACAUUGCGCUCAUUCAGUUUGGCAUCAUAGCCGUUAUAUUGACAGCUGGAGACGUCAUCAGUUCUGGAGGCUUUGAUCUGAGGGUGGAGACCCUCAUGUUUGGGGGGCCAAUGGAUUGGCUGAGGUUCACUUUGUUAGAAAUUCUGCAAAUCUCAGGAGCACUUUUGGUCUACCCAAGCUUUGUGGUUUGGCAAAGAUUGCGGAAGUUUACUGGGGGUGUUAUCGAUCGUCUCUUUAUGUUAGCUUACCUAGCUAUGGUUGUGGUUACCAUGAUAGCUGUGUUUAGGUCUUUACUACUUUUAGAUUUACCUCCGGUCUUCAGAUGUCUCUCUACAAUAGAACAUAUGAGACUAGUUAUGAAGAGUUUCUCAUUUAUUCGUGAGAAUAGUACCAAAUUAUUGAACCCGUGGCAUAAAGAUGAUGAAGAUGGACCCGCAGUCUGGUAUGAGAGACAAAUGGAUCCCUCUGUCGGCUCGUUCAGCAAGUACCUCUACUUUCUGUUUGUACCUACUCUGCUUUACAGGGACCAUUAUCCAAGAUUAAAGGGGCCCAUCUGCUGGAGAAAUGUAGCCAUUUAUAUUGGAGAGUUUUUGGCUUUUUCCUACAUCCAUUUCAUAAUCUAUGGCAAGUGGCUGGUCCCUGCGUCUUUCAGACCGCAAGACUUGUGGAACACCUACCAGUACACUAUGAUGACUGCUUCACUAGGGAUUUUGUCGUCACUAGUGGUAAUUUUUCAUUCAUGGCCCAACUUCACUGCAGAGCUGACUCGAUUUGCUGAUCGCGAGUUCUACACUGACUGGUGGAACAGUUCUAGCUAUACAAUCUUCUAUCGCAAGUGGAAUGUUCUGAUCUAUGACUGGAUCAAUGCCUAUUUUUACCAAGAUUUGCGGAAGGUGCUCAAGAGUUCUUGGCUCACUGCCCUAGUUGUGUUUCUCGUGUCAUCGUUCAUGCAUGACUACCACGUUGCUGUAGCCACCGGGUACUUCCUACCAGUGUUCAUGGUCCUCUUUGCAGGAGGCGGAGGGUUCAUGUUCUUAGUGCGUCCUGACAAGAACAGUCGAUUUGCUAAAGCGUUCACUGUGUGUGGUUUUUAUAUGGGGACCGCCAUCAUUGUGUCCGCACACUACACUGAGCUGGCUGCUCGGAAUGCCUGCCCCCAAGUGAACAGCUCAUAUCUGCAGUAUGCAACUCUGGCCUGUUUCUCUCAACAUAAUAUCACAAUAGACUAUAUAAUUAUGUAACAUAAUUAUUAUAGCCACUUAGUUAUAACCAUUGAUUUUUAUAGCUGGAUAGUUUUGUUGAACGUAUUGCGGUAGAAUAAUUUCGUCGUUUUAA